CUUUCUACUCUUUUUCUUAGGAGAGUUCCACGGCGGAAACACAUGGCUUAGUUUAGUGUUGUUUUCAUCACAAAUAUCCUAAAUAUACGUCCGUGGUUUUCAUAUUGGUACAUUUCAAACCCUGAGAUAUUGUAAUGGGCUCUACUAAAACAAACUUGACCAUUGCUGAUAAAUACGAUGCAUUUUACACUGGAGGAAUAAUUCAGUUCAGCAAAGAUGGCAAUUUCAUGUUCUGCUGCUGUGGUCAGAAUGUCAAAGCUGUGGAACUUAAUACAGGAAAGAUUCGAAGUUCAUUUGGUCAGGAAGCUGAAGAUAUCACAUCUUUUUGUCUGAGCCCUGAUGAUGAGUUUCUGGUGAUCACUACACAAAACUUGUUGCUGCGGCAAUGGCGUUGGAAAGAUGAAAUACUGGUUAGGUCCUGGAGAGCAAUCCAUACAACACCUGUCAUGUCCAUGACUUUUGACCCUACAUCAACCUUGGUUGCAACAGGAGGAAGUGACAUGCUGAUUAAAUUAUGGGAUGUCUUACAUCAGUAUUGCACACACAAUCUCCGAGGACAUACAGGUGUCGUCAGAUUAGUUCAGUUUCAUCCAGACAUCUCCAAACUGCAGCUGAUAUCAGCUGGUGAUGAUUACACAGUCCGAGUCUGGAACCUUAAGACAAGCACAUGCAUGGUAGUCAACAGAGACCACCACAGUCUUGUCACAGGACUGUGUUUUACCAAGGAUGGUGACGUAAUGUACAGCUGCAGUAGAGACUCGGUUGUUUGCAUCUGGGACAUGAUCAAGCUAUGCGUUGUCAAAAUAUUACCUGUUUUUGAGAGUGUUGAGUCCGUUAUGGCCAUUGCUCAGUUACCUAUGCUUCAAGGAGCUGACCCUCAAGAUCAUUUUGUGACAGCAGGCACUGGCGGUACACUUAAGAUUUGGAACAAGAACACAGGUGCAUGUUUACACACCAACAGAUCCCUCUGUGAGGAGAAGACAGAGGAAGGGAAGACCAUUAUCACACAAGCACUGUACAGUGAAGUCCUAGGCAAAGUGGUUAUCGCCAUGUAUGACCAUAACAUCCUGUUCUUAAAUGCAGAUUUUUCAUAUUAUAAACAGUAUUCAGGGCAUCUGGAGGAAGUCCUUGAUGUUGCUUUCUUGGGUGAAAAUUCUUCACACAUUAUAGUCCUUAGCAACAGCAGCAAAAUCAAGGUCUUCUGUCUCAGCAACAUGGCUUGUCAGAUUUUGGGAGGUCACUUAGAUACUGUUUUAGCUGUCAGCUCACAGCCUAAAAAUAACCUCUUUGCGACAGCUUCCAAGGACAAUUCUGUGCGAGUCUGGAGAUUUCAUCCAGAUGCAGGCAACAUUACCUGCAUUGCUGUGGGACAAGGACAUACACAGGCUGUGCAUUCAGUUGCAUUUUCUAAGUUAUCAUCAAAUUUCCUAGUCUCAGGCAGUGAGGAUUCAACUUUGAAGCUGUGGUCACUUCCACCUGUUGCAAAAUUGGACUCUGAUCACAUAACUACUCUUCACACAAUAUCUACAGAGUGUGCACAUGAAAAAGACAUCAAUUUUGUUACAGUUGCUCCUAAUGAUAAAUUUAUUGCAUCGGCAUCACAGGAUAAAACAGCUAAGCUUUGGAGCCUUCCUGAUCUCAGUUUAAAGGGUGUUGUUCGGGGCCACAGACGGGGUGUCUGGUGUGUCCAGUUUUCUCCUGUGGAUCGUUGCUUUGCAACGUCUUCAGCUGAUGGAACAAUCAAACUAUGGAAUCUGACCGAUUUCUCCUGUUUGCAGACAUUUGAAGGUCAUGACAGUUCAGUACUGAGAGUUAUAUUUAUCAGCAAUGGCAGGCAGCUGAUCUCAAGUGAUUCUGAGGGCCUUCUGAAGCUGUGGACUAUAAAAACAAAAGUAUGCGAAAAAUCUUUUGAUGCUCAUGACAGCAAAGCAUGGGCUUUGGCUGUCCAUCCAAAUGAGGAUAUCAUUAUAACUGGUGGUGGGGAUUCUACCCUGCUCACCUGGAAGGACACAACCAAAGAAGAGAUGCAGCAGGCACAAGAGCAACGAGAAAACUUGGUGCUGCAGGAACAGAAACUGUCCAACUACAUUCAGGAAAAGAAACUUCUGAAGGCCAUAGGGCUAGCAAUCUCUCUAGGGCAGCCUUUCCGUGUUCUGACCAUUAUGAAAGAUAUUCUUGAGACACCAACGGGGCUGGAGGACCUAGAGAAUGUAUUGGCACAGCUACAAGUGGAUCAAAUGGGGACACUUGUGAGCUAUGCAGCCCAGUGGAACACAAACAGUCGACACUGUUAUUGUGCACAGGUGGUUGUCAACAUACUUCUCAAGACUCUUACUUCAGAUCAGAUUCUAGCUUUGCCUAAUUUCCAGUCAUCUUUAGAAGCUCUUAUUCCAUAUACAGAAAGACAUCUGCAUAGGAUUAACAGAUUGCAGCAACAAGUCACAUUUGUGGAUUACACUUGGACUUGCAUGAAAAGUGGAAUGUGAAAACAACAACAAUGUGAUAUGGUAAUACUGAAAGCAUCAAAUAUUUUUGUCUACAAAUUCCAGUGCUAAAAUCCAUGGCUCAAGAACAAAUAAUCAUGUCAAAGUGAAACCAAAAGUGCAGUAAAAACAACAUCCAUUUUUUGCAAAGAAACUCCUAUCUGCUUCAUUCAACAAACUGCAGUGUUAUAAUUCUUGGGGCUGUUGCACUGCAAGACCUUUGACUGGAGCGCCUGUAGCUCUCUCUUGUCCUUACACCCAUACUGGAUCUGGAACAGUAGGAUUAAGGAUACAUAUUGUCCUAGUUCAUGUCGUCAUUGUUAUAAACAAAUGAUUUAAGCAAUGAAUUCUACUGUGAUCAUGA